AUGGAGAAGGCGGGCCAGGAUGUGUGGCGGAAGACCUAUCCGCACACCGUGAGGUGGCUUCUCACCAGCUUACAUCAUCUUGAUGCCAAGACACCGUCUUCCGCGCCGAAGGCAAAGGCCGAAGCCAAGCCUGCGAAGGCCACAGCGCAGCCCAAGGCAGAGCCCAAGCAGAAGCCCGCGGAGCCCAAGGCGGCUCCGAAGGAGCCUAUGGCGCCAGAGCCAAAGGCUGCCGCCCAAGCUGCGGGCGAAGAAGGUGGCAGCGGCAAGAAGGAGGAGAAAAGAAAGGCAAAAGAAGCCGAGAAGAAGGCCAAAGAGGAUGAAAAACGGCGGAAAGAGGAGGAGCGAAUUGCGGCCCAGAACGCGAAGUUCGCAGGCCCUGAUUUGACUCCCGAGAACUUCGAGGAGCACUCCUUUGGAAAUCUCUUCAUCCAGAGCCAGAAAAAGACAGGGCGGCAGUGGACCAACAUCGGAUCGCUGAAGCCAGACAUGAAGGAUUCAUUGCUUUGGAUCCGUGCGCGCGUGCACAACAGCCGGAAGCAGGGCAACAAGCUUUGCUUCUUGACGCUGCGCCAGGACGUGGCGACGGUGCAGGCUGUCAUCUUCGGGCAGGAGAUGGCGGGCUUUGCUGGGAAUUUGCCGGAUGAGUCCGUUGUUGACGUCUGUGGCAAGGUAGCCUGCCCUGACGCACCGAUUACGUCCUGCACAGUGCAGAACGUGGAGCUGGCCGUGGAGCGCGUCUUCUGCAUCGGGAGGUCUCAGGCCUUGCCCUUGCAGCUGGCAGAUGCCUCGAGGAGCGAGGCAGAGCUGGAAAAGGACCCCUCGCUCCCGUCGGUGGGACAGGACGUGCGGCUUGAUAACCGGAUCAUCGACCUCAGAACGGUGGCUAACCAAGCCGUCUUCAGAAUGCAGUCUGGUGUUUGCAUGCUUUUCCGGGAGUUCCUGCUCAUGAAUGACUUCCAGGAAAUUCACACUCCGAAGCUGAUCGGCGGCGCAUCAGAAGGUGGUGUCGCAGACUCAGGGUCUGGGCAUGGAGCCAGGUUUGCAUUGCUGCCUUGCAUCCUGGGUGUAUCGACGGCCUUUGCCUUUGGAGGCCAUGGCAGCAACCCUUUUCAGGUGCUCGGCCUUCGAAGCGACGCAGAGGACGACGACGUACGACCGGCCUUCCGCCAGUUGGCCAAGAUCUACCACCCAGACGUGCCGGAGACGGGCGACGAGCAUCGCUUCCGUCGCAUCUCUUGGGCAGCCGAGGAGCUCUCGACUGCAGAGGGCCGGCGUCAGUGGCGGGCUGUGGUUUCAGGCAUCAAGCCUCCGAGGGACCAGGACUGGCAAAUCUUCGAAGCCACACGUGAAGAUUCAGGCUUUUUGUGGUCGAUUGCUCCUGAGAUCGAUGAAGCGUGCAAGAAAACGGCGCAUCAGGAGGCCGCCGACUUUCCAACUCAAGCAGAAGCUCCCUUUGGUGAAUAUGUGUCUUGCCUGCACAUGCCAUUGCAGAGCAUCCCGAUGCAUGAUGCAUACAUGGGCAGUGUGUGUGUGUGUGUGUGUGCGCGGCAACUAUACAGCGAGACCGAGGGCACAGUCUGCUGGGUUUGUUCGAGAUUCUGGAUGUUGCAGCAGCCCAUGCAGCUACGACCAACAAACAAAAAUCACCCAAGCACUCGGACUCGACAUCCACGUUUGCUGCAGGAGUCACUGGAGGACGAUGCCCCUUGGAUCAAAGAGCCGCUUCUUUCUGUGAGUAGUCCCUUCCUGUGUGCGUGA